AUGUCGGUUGUUCAUGGAUAUGGUACCCUGCACACAACUAGUAUGUCUUUCACUCCUUCGAUAUCAAAUGAAUCUGCAACUCCGACUUUUGUCCCGGAGACUCAACUUUCCAACCGUGAAUCCCUAAUUGAGGUGGACAAUUUUGAAAAAGCUGUUUCAAAUGUUGAGGGUACAAGAAAGCGUUCAAGUUGGACAAAGGUUGAAGACGAGGCGGAUGCUUUUUGGGGGCGUGUUGCAAGCUACUACAAUGAGAAUCAUCCCCCAGGUUCAAACAACAGAAGUAUAAAUGUUAUAUGGUCACAUUGGCACAAUACAAUCCAAAAGAAGGUAUAUCGAUUCAACACAAAUUAUAAUAGUGUUUAUAGUUCAUAUCGAAGUGGUCACAGUGAUGAAGAUAUAUUGAGGUUUGCGUAUGAAAAAUAUCGAUCAGAAAGCAAUGGCGUUGCAUUCAAUCUUGAGCAUGUGUGGAGAAUUGUCAAAGACUAUCCAAUGUUUACUCCACAGUUUGCUGAUCACUUUGUGGCCACAAAGAAGAUGAGGACCUCAGAAUUGGGAGCAAGCAACACCUCCUCCAACCAAGAUGUGAUUAUAAACCUAAAUGAUGAAGAUACUCAUCCAAUGGGACAGAAGGUAGCAAAAAAAAGGGAAAAGAAAAAGUAA